GCAUUCAUACUCUGGCAGCGAGAGCGAGCGAGCGAGGGGGCUGGGGAGCGAGCGUCACUCUGGAAACUCGGGAACUCACGGAUUGUCGUGCUAAACCGGCGACCUCCUUUUCUCAGUGCUGAAGUAAGGCGUUUAGCAUUUCCAGCUCUUUGCUCUGGUCUGAUGGUGGCUGCUAUGACUCUGACUCUGCGAGUGGAGUUUCUUCUGGGUGGAAUGGCACAGAAGGAAACACCUCUUAAGUUUAGAGAUGUAAAACUAUCCGCAAAGGCUUUUCAUUGUCUUUUUAUUGUUUUUUAAAACUAUUUUUCCCCUUUCUGUAGCGAUAACUGAGGGUAUGUGCUGGUCCAAGACUGAUCAGUUCAUGCUCAAACUUUACAUACUAGCCCUUCUGCUUUCUGUGGAGACAGAUUUGUUUCUUUGGUUGUUUUUUUUUUUUUUCAUUUUCAUUUAUCAUGGCAGCUUUUCUUUCGUCCUGCUCAAAAUUUUCCUCGCGGAAUUUUAGUAUUCCACUUUGUGUUGGUUUCUUCUUGACUAUUUUUCCUGCUCAACUAAAUUUGGUAAAGCAGCCAAUUUGCGCAUCACAAAUACAGCAACCAAACAUUUUGAUCUAUUACACCUACUAAUUUUUGUUGAAAUUCGUAGUCGACUGACCAUCAGUUUGCAAACUUGCAGAUCAUUUUGAAUUCCGCAAUAGUCCGGCUUGUAUCUACUGUUCAUUUGGGGAUUUGUGGAUCAAAACAAAGUCUAGAUAUCAGAUUAUUUAUCUUGUUCUAAGAAAGUAUUUUUCAGACAAGAAAACUCAUGUUGGUGUAAAUCAAGUCCAAAAUGAAUUACGCACAUCAGAUAUGCUUAGUGAACUAAUAUCAUGAUGAUUAUAGUGUGUGGAAAACAUUUCAUUUGUGAUCAGAUUAUUGAAUGAAAUUGCAUUUACUGCUAUUGCUGCUGCUGCCAGGGAGAAUAUGCGGCCACGAGUCCAUCACUACUCGUUUGUUUCUAAUUUGUUUCGUUUUACUGAUGUGAUUCGCUGUUAAAAAUGAUUUUCAAUCCGUCAAAUGCUUUUUGAAUCAUCGCUCUUUUCUUUGACUUACUGUAUAAAACGGUUUUACUCGAGAACGUAUCGUGUAAAUACGUGCGUAAUGGUUAGUUGGAGUUUUUACGCACACAUGUACUUGCAGCAAAUUGUGCUUACUGACCAGGUGGCAGGCGUAUAUCUUUAUUUAUGCACCUCAGACAGAUGGUGAAGCUUUGAAUGCUACUCUGCUGGAAAUUUGAUACCAUUUGUGACAUUCACUCUGCUGUUAAUUAAAAGCUGCUUUAGCGAACAAGUCAAACUUUUUAUUAAGAGUCACAGGACACGUAAUCUGCAACCCUGCAAUCAGCCGACAAAUCCAAAUGCCAUGUAACAGCUGCUGGUGCUUUUUUAAAACGCUACACUGCCGGUAAUUAAAAAAAUUCAGCUCAAAUCUACAGCAGAAGUUAGCAGUUCAUUCAAACAAACACAUAUAGGCUAAUCUCUAGUUUUCUUACAUGGGACUGCAGUGGCGCUAUUAGGGUAUUUGAGGGGCAGGGGCAAAAAAGUAAAAAGGGCACCAGCUUUAUCCCAUGGGGAACUAGACCACAGAAAGUAAUGAUUUUUUUGAGAGUCUGCUUCUGGCAGCAUUUUGAAGACCAGUUUGUGAGCUCUUCGGCUUUUCUUUCUUUCCUUGGCACUUCGAAUUCAAAAGCUGUCUUUUAGGUUUAGUUCAGAAUAUUGUAGCCUAUGCAGAACUUUUCAUUUCCAUUAUCUGUACCAUACUCCUUUUGGCACCUCUUUGUUGGGGUACCAAGUGUACCUUUCUUACCCUGAAAGGUGGAGCUAAACACACAGCAUUCUGUUGUUUACGAAAGAGAGGAGGGGGUAGAGCGAUUGUACUGGAUUUUACCUUUUCGAAACUGCUGUUAAUUGAUAAGUUAAAAAAAAAAAAGUACCAUAAUCAUUUAUGAAUUCAUACUAUGCAUGAAUAUAUUUUUCAUAUCCGAAAGGGUAUGCUUGGUGAUAAGAGGGGCACAGAGAUAGAUACAAAGGAAGGGGUGUUUGAACGCAAUGAAAUAUAACCUUUAAUCUAAUGUUAAUGAAACUUCACCAUGUGAGUUUUGAAGGAGAGUCUCGGCAGACAAAACGGAUUGGGAUAUUACUUUAAAAAAUCUCCUAGAAGUGCUUCUAUAUUAUGUUUUUGACAUAAAUAUUGCUGAAGCAAACAGACCCCUUUGUGUCAUUUUUCUGUUUAAUGUGGCCGAGAUUCACGGCUUGUAGAAAAUAAUUUCAACCCUAUACUCUACGUCGAAUUAAUGGACUUAUUUGAGCCUGAACACUCUCAGUGAAUAUCAAACCAUCCCUAAGCAGAAAACAUGCUACCUGUGUUAAGCACCCAAAAGCACAAUCAGCUGUAGAAACACAGGCAAGAUCAGGGCUUACUGUGCUGAACCAAGCUUGCACAACAGUCUGUUGUAGUCCAGGGCUAAAAGGGCUUAAGGUUCAUGUGAACAUAAUUAGGCACAUGGGAGGGUCUAGGGUCCUCUGCUAGUAAUCUUUGCAUGAAGGUUUCCGUAACAUUUUGGGGGAGUAUAAAUUAUAUAGAAAGAAAACUACUGGUUCAACAUAAUGGAGAAUGCUACUUCCUGUAUGGAGCUCAAAGUUAGAAAAACUUAAUCUGUCAUUUUUCACAUGAUCAUUUUGAAAUGGUGUAGUUUCCUGUAACACAUCUGUUAGCUGCUUUGAUACUUGAAUUAAAAAAAAAAGACUUUUAAGAGCAUAAAACGGUACCAGAGGGAAUCUUCUUUAAUUUUCUAUCCACUACAGGGGCAUCCAAAAGGGCCCUUAUGCUCAUUUUUGCCCCUCUGAGUACACCACUGUUCUCAAAAAGGACAAACCAGAAGGCUAAGUGUGGUUAUCAGGAAGUGUGGUGAUUUCGGACGUGAAGUGGGAGGCAGAGUGUUGAUUUAAAACAAGGACACAUUUUUUCCUCUCGUUGGAGCUGCUCCUGUGCAACAAACAGCCUGUGUCUAAUGCACACACGCGUACCGACACACACGCACACAGAGUUGAUGUUUCCAGCGCCAGGCUGUGUUUAUCCAAGAGCUGCAGAGUAUAAACCCGAGGUCUGUAUCACUCCAGCUCCCACUCUCCAGGGAGCUUGGAAUAACUGCCAAACCUUCAACAGAAGCACAGUAGCUUGUUUAGGGGGGAGUUUAGGACUUGCAGGAGUGUGCUGUGCUGCAGUGGGAAUGGACCGCUGAAAAUUUACGUUUACAUAAAAAUGACACGACUUCAUGCAAGCCAACUAUAAGGAGUCAAAUUACAAUAACUGAACUUUUGUAUUGGGUCACAUUUGCUUGCCUAAAACAAGUGUCACUAUCAGUUUGACUCUAAAUAAACAUCUCUAAGUACAUGCUUAAAGACACCAGGGUAGGGAGCUCAUCUUUGAAUUUUUUUGCAAAUUUAGUCUUGCUGGUUCUGAAAAUGUCAACAGCACUCAUGAUUGAGACAGCUCAAGUAUGAGGCUACAGUGCCACACAAAAACAUAACUUUGCUUCACUGUCCUCUCAGCUUCAUUUGUUUAAUGGGGGCUAAAGGUUGCAAAAAUCCAAGCAUAAAUUUCCCCCUAAAGUGAGGUCUUAAAGCUCCACUAAGAAACUUUUUGGUUUGUGUUAAUUUUGGCACCCUGUUGGACAAAACAGUCUACAUUUCUCUUGAUUUCUAUGUGCUUCAGCAGUGUGAAAAAAGUCUCAUUCUGCUGACUUUUGGCAAUCAAAUAUUUCAAUUUUUUUGUGAACAUUCAAUGUGGAAAAAAAUCAGCCAAGCUUGGCUUUCAGCUAACCGCUCACUGAGGUCACAGGCACUGAAAUCACAGCAGCAAAAUUGUUAAUUUUGUUUUUGAUGGUUUUGUUUGCUUCUGUCUAUCAUGAAAAGGCAUCAUUAUGAUUUUCUGUCUAUUUCAUUAACAUCAAAAACCCCUCACAGGAACUUUGACUUAACUUAAAUGAUGUGAAAAUAUUAGGCGGAUGGUAACAUCUUCUUACUGAUGUAAAUCCUGACACUUUUGUGCAUUUUAUAACCUGACAGAGACAGGACUGCCCCCUUAUCCUUUGUUUAAACUGUAACAUCUUGUCUCUCUGUUGUUUCAGGUCCCAGCGGUUAGAUUUCAGACUUGGGACCCACGGUGGACAGAGUAAAGGGGAAGUCAGGAGGGCAGUGACACCGGGUGAGUUUGGCGCAGACAGUUGCGCAUUAGCCGGUAAACUGGGGUCCAAGGUGCGCAUUGAGCCGCCUAUGAUACCAACUACCCGGAUGGAAAGAACUUUAAUGUGGAACCCUCACAGAGUUUUGCAACGGAGGCUGAGAGUAGAGACAGACUGGCAAUUUAUAUUAUAAUUCAGAAGGGCCAAAGGGACAGAUCAGACAGUAGUCAGCCAACACUCCGUGCAUCUCUGUAGUGAGGGACACCAACAAGGACCCAACAGGUAGAGCUAACAAUCAGGAACAGGUCUUCAUCCUCUACGCACCUGGAGGUAGUGUGUGUGUGUGUGGGAAGAUGUCCAGAGAGGAGCAGAGCCUGUCGGAGGUCGAGCUCAGUCCGGGGAUGUCGGACAGCAGUCACUCUCUGUCACCAGGUCAUUCCUCUGGUGCAGCAGGUGGGGAGGACUCUCCUCUUCACAGACAGCAGGAGCCCCAGCUGGCAAGUCUGGAUGACACGUCAGCGGGCUGCUCAUCCAUCAAGUCUGAAGAUGAAGAUGAACGCUUUCCUGCCGGGAUCCGUGAGGCGGUGAGCCAGGUGCUCAACUGUUAUGAUUGGACCCUUGUGCCGAUGCCUGUACGUGUGAACACUGGUAGCAAGAGCAAGCCGCAUGUGAAGAGACCCAUGAAUGCCUUCAUGGUGUGGGCUCAGGCUGCACGGAGGAAACUGGCAGACCAACACCCACACCUGCACAAUGCGGAGCUCAGCAAGACCCUGGGGAAGCUCUGGAGGUGAGAUGGUCAGAUGCACAGUUCUGUUCAAAUAAUCCACCUUCUGUGGGUGUGUGCGACACUUUUUACGCUGGGUUUCAUCUGAUUUUGUAUUUCUAAUUUAAAUGUCAUUAAUGGACGGGUAGUUUUUUUAAAGCCUAUAUAAACACACACAUUUUGUUUGUAUACAUAUAUAUUUGAUAGUGUGUACAUAUAUAGCCUAUGUAUAAAUAUACAUACACACACGUAUGUAUUUAAUGUCUGUAUUUAUAUUUAUACACCGACCAACCAUGACAUUAUGAACACUAGGGCAAGCAAAUAUGACCGAAUACAAAAGCUCGACCAUAAAUUCUACUUGAAGAAGCCUCUACAGUUCAACUUUUGUUUGUUUGAUCAGUCAAAUGAUCACUUUCUAUUUUAAUCGUUGAAGUUAGUGGUGUAUUAAAGUGCAUUUAUUGAGCAAAGGUCCUAAAAUUUCUUUUUGCUCCCCUCAUGUUUUUUGAUGAAGUGGACAAAACAUAAGGAACCACCUUUAAUGUAAAACACACCCAAACACCACCACCCACUACAGCUGCCAUGACAAAUAUAAAACAAAACCUUGUCUGACCCACUCAACAUUCACAGAUGUACUUUGUAAGUUUAAUAUUCGGUCAGGUUACCCUUUUUCUUCCCACAGAUAACACUAGAUUUUUACUGCCAAGAAGUCAGAGAGGUUGAAUUCAUUAACCUUGAGGGGAAUGAACAUUAACUCAAUAAAGACUUGACCUUGGGCUCUGACUUGAUUGGUUAAUUGGCCAAGGAACAGAUGAACAGGGAGGGUGAAGAAGGUCGGGGGGUUCUCAUCCUCUCUAUCAGGGGUGGUAACAAGACGCUCUGUUUCAUGUUUGAGAACGGGAUGAACCUUCAGCCUUUUUAUUUCAUUACUGUCCAGCUGUGAACAGCCCCUGGCAGCAGGGACACUUAAUGCAGCUGUGCAGAUCAACAAGUAUAGUUUAAAAACAUGCACUGAAAAAUUUGAGUGUUGAUAACCUUGUAUGACAGUUGGUCCAAAAUCUAGUUUUCCUGUUGAUGAUAACUGCUAAAGAAAAGCGUAGCAAAAUGAUCGCAGCAGAAAUCCAAUGGAAUGGCUCAAUAAGGGUGUCUUAAUGUACUAGCGUUGACAAUAACUGUCUUUAAAAAAUCCAAAUAAUGAUAUUAGGAUAAUAAAAAGCAUAUACACUUACAUGUAAGUAAUUGGUCCCACGGUGGGGUUGGUAGAGAGUUUUUAUGUGGGUUGGAAGAAAGACCAAGAAGCAGUAGCUACAAUAAAUUCAGAUGGCUAGCUAGUUGGCUAGUUGGCACACCUCUGGGAGAUGAUCAACAGAAGCUUAUGGAGGUGCUGAUACAUUAACUGUUUAUACUUUUUGACUAGUGUUUGACUGAAAUCAGUUUUUUUUAUGGCUGAUGGCUGAAAAUGAUUAUGAAAGAGCAGGCAGAUAUACAGUGCCGAUAUCACACUCCUAUUUUUUCAAUAUAAUAAUCCUAACAAACAACAUUUCUGAACUUGAGUGACUAUUUAUUGAAUAAUCGUGGACUGAAAAACACAAAAACCAGGUAAGAAAAAAAUAAACCAGGUAAAUUUUAAUAUUGUUAUUAAACUGUGUUAUCUUUAACAUUGUAACAAAAUUUAUAUUAAACUCUAGCCAGUGACCGUUUUAGAUUUUCUGCCAAAUAUGUUUUUUAUUUGAAAAGAUAAUGGCGAUGCUGGCCUUGUGAGGGUUGAUGCUGAUAUGUGAACAAUUCCCAUUAAAAUGUCAUUAAUCGGCCAUUAGGUCUGGCAGUUUUUCAGUUCCAUAAUUUACAAACUACCAGAUGUAGCCCCUGCAUUGUUUCAAAAUAAAUGCUUGUUAUUAGCAUAAGCAGUAGAGCAUUUAGUUUCAUGGUUUAAAAAAAAAGCAUAGAUUGUAAACACAAGGUGUCAAAUAGAAAGUAAUAAUACAGGAAAUAAAAACAACCUAAAUACAAGGAAAUAGGAAUUUUUAAAUAAUAGCAUAAAAAACUACUGUUUUAUCAGGCAAUCUUCCCAUAAACGGGGUUUUUUACACCAGCCUUUAUUGCAGUGUGUGGUUACAGCUACAGCACAAAUCAUGAUAAAUAUGACUAUCGGUGUUUUCCAUAAAUAUCACCAUUACAUCAACAGCCACAAUCAUUGUAAGGUGAAAAUGUGAUAUUACAACUGACGUAUUUCCAACAUCUCUUGUUUUUAACCAAGGCUUCUGAAUGAGAGUGACAAGCGACCCUUCAUUGAAGAGGCAGAGAGGCUGAGGAAGCAGCACAAGAAGGACUAUCCUGACUACAAGUACCAACCAAGACGCCGCAAGAAUGGAAAACCUGGUUCUGGAUCAGGAAGUGAGGCCGAAGGCCAUUCGGAGGGUGAGGUCAGCCAGUCCCACUACAAGGGCCUCCACCUGGAUGUGGCCCUGAGUGGGGGAGCUCGGUCCCCUCUGGCAGAUGGGCAUCACCCUCAUGCUGCAGGUGGGCUGCAGGCUCCCUCCACUACCCCACCCACUGACACGCCACUGUCAAGCUGUUUGAAUAGUCUGCAUACUUUGGCCAGUGUGGUAUACAUUAAGAUUACUGUUCGAGGCUUAUGAGAAUGAAACUCAAACCACAUGCUUUCUUGUGUCUCUACAGGUCACAGCCCUCCCACUCCCCCAACCACACCUAAGACUGAGCCACAGUCUGGGAAGAUAGUGGAUGGGAAACGGGAGGUUGCUGGGAAUGGGGUCUCCCGUGGGGGACUGGGACCAGAGAGUAGCUCAGGCGCUCCAGGAUCUGGGAAACCUCACAUCGACUUUGGUAAUGUGGACAUUGGUGAGAUAAGCCAUGAGGUGAUGGCCAACAUGGAACCAUUUGAUGUCAAUGAGUUUGACCAGUACCUUCCCCCCAAUGGACACCCAGGGCAGAGUGCUGGAGCAGGAGGAGCUGUUACAACCACUUCUCCAGCAUCCCCGUACACCUAUGGAAUCUCCUCAGCUCUGGCAGCAGCCAGUGGACACUCAGCAGCCUGGCUCUCCAAGCAGCAGCAGCAGCAACAUCACAACCCAUCUCUCAGCUCAGAUCCUGCAAAGGCCCAGAUCAAGAGCGAGGUCGGAGGUGGUGCCGGUCACUUCUCAGAGGUAACAACAGCUGGUUCCCAUGUGACCUACACUCCUCUCAGCCUUCCUCACUACAGCUCUGCCUUCCCUUCACUGGCCUCAAGAGCUCAGUUUGCUGAGUAUGCUGACCACCAGGCCUCAGGGUCCUACUAUGCUCACUCAAGCCAGGCUACAGGGUUGUACUCGGCCUUCUCCUACAUGGGGCCCUCCCAGAGGCCCCUGUACACUGCCAUCACUGACCCUGCCAGUGUCCCGCAGUCGCACAGCCCCACGCAUUGGGAACAGCCGGUCUACACAACACUGUCGCGGCCAUGACAGACAACGAGACCAGCAGGCCCCGGUGCAAGCUCAGCCCCCAUAUCAGACCCAAGGAUUGGCAGCAACAACAUCAGUGUUGGUGGUUAUAGUGGUCUGGUCCAGGGGGAGUGGGCUGGCACUGGGAGGGUAGGCUGGGGAGGCAGAAGGGAAGAAAUCCUGUUCUGUUCUUGCCCAGAGGCAGAGAUGCAGCCACAGCUCCAGGGUGAGCUUGGAGCAGGUUGGUUUUGAAGCAUGAUCAAUAAUUCAGAGCACAGAGUGUAGUAUUCAGAGAGUGCAUCACUUUGGUGGUGCUCAGGAAAUACCCACCACCAUUGUUGCAGAGUUUCAAGUUAGAUUUUGUACCAACAAAGGCUGAGGUGCUCCAGACAACUACUUACUUGGUAGUGUUCAUAAGAAGUAAAGGAUCAUGAUCCUGGCAGUUUGGAGACUCCAGGUGUACCAUAGAAGCAUAUUGUGGUCUCCAAAAAACCCAGAAGGGAUCAUGGUACCCAAUGAAAAUUACCAAGCUCUUGAUCUGUAUUGUGGAGGGUGUAACUGAGGAGGAGCCAAAUUGAAGCCGCUGUCCCACUCACUUCUCAGGCAAGACUGACCCUUUUUCACAAAAAUGUUAGUUUUUUUUUCAAAUAAUAGAAAUAGUAACAUAAAUGUUUCAGUUUCAGGCACAUUUGACCCUAUUUAAUUCAAUUAUUAUGUUAUUAUAUUUGCCUAAAAUGCCUCUUGUACAUAAACUAGUGGAAGAGAUGCCAUAAAACCAUGUUGAGAUUUUGUUAAGUAAAAAGAUAUUUUGUAUCAAAACAAUAUUCAAGAUGAUUAUCAGGAAAGGCUUGAAAUUAAAAAUGUAUAUGUGUUGGUGAAAAUAGACUUGAGGUAAGAAACCGUAAGACCAAAGUUUUGAGACCAAAACUGGAAGACAGAAACAUACUAUACAGAUGUUUCUCCCAACAUGACACUACAAACUACCUUACAUUUUGUAUGUUGUUAUUUUUUUCAGCAUUUAACAUCUUUUAAUGAGACUCAUUUAUUGCGUCAAUGUUUGGUGUCUUUUUUCUUUUUUUUUCACAAAAGCACUGAUGGGUGUGACGAUCUUUAGUAUUUAAAAUUUUUAUUAAGAACUUUUUAAGAUUAAAAGUUAAUUGCAUUUCCCAGUAAAUGGGAUAUGACAAAAACAUGGCUUUUUCAUGACUGACAAAGUAGAUGUUUUUUGCUCUCAAAAGCUUUUUUGAUUGUUACCCUAAAAGUCAACAUAACUGCCUCUUCUUUGAUUGUGUCACUCACAAUAUGAGUUUAAAACAGUAUGAAGUGGCAGACCUCUUGAUUGCGGAGUUGCGUCACUUUUAAAUUAAAUUUUUAAGACUUUUUGAGUUCUUUUAAGGGACCAGCUAAAAAAUGAAUUUCACUUUUUGGAUAGCAACAAAGGCAGCUGGAUUUAUCCAAGUUGUGCUGCCGUAAACCCAUAGAGCUAGAAUGCUCUACUACCCGGAUGUAAACUAACACAGAUGACUGAUGACAUCUUGUAGUGCAGUGUGACUUAAAUUUAUUAAUUUAAAUUAUAUUUUUAAAAAAAAGAGAUAAGGUUGUGUGCUGUUAGUUUAAACUGGCAUAUGACCUUUCAACCAGUACAGGUAUAGACGUAAACCUGCGAGGAGGGACAAAGGCUGACAGUGCUAGCUCUGCUACUUUUAGCCAUUCUCAGCAAACCAUUUCAUCAUUGUUUACUCACAUUUUCAGAUACCUUAAACUGGGCCACGUUGAAAAAAUCAUAAUUUUUAGAUCGUUUUGUAGGUGCUUUGCUGAAUUUAAACUUCAGUUUCAAUUUGUACAAAAUUGAUCAUGUCAAAGCAUAUGACUUCCCUGUAGUAGGUCAUGUUGAAAAAACUUGAUUCCCACUUUACAUAUUUCUUCUUAUUAUUUUUAUUAUCAAUUUUUGCAUACCUGGCGAGUUUCCUUAAAUUGUUUAACACCCACUUUUUUAUUUUAAAGGUUAGUAAUGGUGCACAUGACAAGCUGCCAUAAAUGCUUCAUCUUUAUACGUAAGAAUUUUUAAAAAUUCUGCCCAAGUAUUAAAAAUGUGUCAAACAUGUCAUAUACAAUUCAAGACUACUCAAAAGAGAGACUUUUAUAGACUUUUUAUACCAUAGUCAGGGUGGCGUUUUUGCCUUUUGUUGAAAUAAUCUUUUACAUUGAUGCUUCUCUUUAUAUCCAACAAAAUAAAACAAGGUCAUUAGUUAAAAAACUGGUGAUUUCUUUAUAAAAAAUUUCAGUGCUUGAGUUUGUGAUAGAUUUCCCUUAAAAUUUUAGUUUUGCACCCACUGCUGAUAGCUACAAGAGCAGGGUUAGCAAAAAGACGUGCAUAUUCAGUUAUGCUAUCAUUUGCGACUAGGAAACUCCACAAAUAUAGCUUUGCUCGAUGAAAAAAUAAAAUGGUUUUGAAUAGAAUUUAAUAUCUAUACCUCACAUCUCUUUGUGGACUAAAGAGUUCAACUCUGAGUGCAUAUUUACGUUACUUAGAUGUUCAUUGGGACACUGAGGCACACUUUAUGUCACCCAGGCUCUAAUGGCUAAUUUAUGUCCAGACGUCUUUUGUAAGCAAGCAUUAAUUAGUCAUGUAACAAAAUUCAAAAUCCAAAUUUUGACAUUGUUACGUUACAGUUUACAAUUUCACAAAGCUAUGGAUUAGUACAUGACCGCAUUACUCUGCAGCCUGCAAAAAGUUGUGUCAAACAGAAAAAGUAAGGUUGAAUGGGAAAUCUGUAUUAAUUAUGUUAAUUUGAAUUAUGAAGAUAUGAAAGCUUCACAGUGGGUGAUGGUGCUCAUGGGAAAUGUAGUUCCAAGGGGGGAAAGCAAAUCACCAGAGGGAGUUACCGGAGUAAACGCAACACGAACACACUUAGCUAUGCCUUUAAAUUUCUACAUCUAUUGUAAGACUUUUCACAGAUCUGUAGAAAUCCUUGAUAAUAGCUGGGAAGCUUAAAGAAGUUAUUUUCUCUUGGAGUGGGCUGGGUGCCAACAAUAAACAAACUGUUGCCAGAGACUGAGUGAUAAAAGCUCCCAGAGGUCAAGGUUCAGCAGAGCCUUAUUUAACAUUAAAAUGUGCCUUUCUUUGAAAAGAAAAGAAAAGAAAAGAAAGGAAAAAACUAUUUACUCAAUGAUGAAACCAAUGAGCAACAGCCUUUAUGUUGUUGUUACACAUUUGUGCCUUACCUACUUUUUGGAUUCUUAAUUUGUAUAAUUUUUGCAUGUUUUUUUUAAAUUUCUUUUCUGUACUACAGCUGACUGUAAUUUUGUUGUUUUGCUGUCCCUUAUUUCCUUUAAAAGAACUGUAUUUCAUUUUAAAUGUCUUAUUCUCCAUUUAAGAAAGUAACACCAUCAAAGUCAUUACAUUUUUUUUUGUUGUUGUUAAAUAUCACUCAAAUAUUUUUAAUCAGGUUACAGAUUCAUACCAUAUGCAUGCAGCACUGCUUGUUUUAAUUCAUGGCUCAUUAAAGCUUAAUUCACUUUUUUAUUAAAUCAUUUAUCUCCAGCACAAUAUACAGUCUGUUUAAUAUCACUGUGUGGUAAAUCUGAUAUGACUUUUACCUUCUUGUUUAAAUUGUCUCUGUUUUUUAGCAGUCUUUAUUAUGUCCCUCUCCAUUAUGAAGAAAUCUUCUGUUUUGACUCUUUUUGCCCUUUUUGUGUUUGAUAUUUUACGUUCUUGUUGCAAGCACAUCAAAGCUGCACAACUUCUUAAUAACAGCAAGCAUGAAAGUCUAAACAUGUGAUAAUGACUAAUGACCUUUCCUUUUGACUUGAAAUAAAGCUCUUUUAUUUCUACUUUAAUAAA